AUGGUACCUCGACUGUACUCCAUCUUAAUCUACAACUGGAGAAGAAGAUGGCUUUAUUAUUAUUCUUCAAAAAUACCAGGACCAUUUCCACUGCCUUUAUUGGGAAAUGUUUCCUUAAUUACAGGAGGAGCUUAUGAAAUUCACACGUUUUUGAAAAAACUUUUCACUGAUUACCCUUCUAUUGUAAAAAUCUGGUUGGGACCGGAGCUGUAUGUCAGCACGACAGAACCAGAAUAUAUAAAAUUAGUGUUGACGCGUUUCUUAGACAAAGGAAACUAUUAUCAUUUAAUGACUGGGUAUUUUCAAAGAGCGCUCGCCGCAGCUCCUGUUAAAUUGUGGAAACAAAAUCGAAAAAAUAUUAACCCUACGUUUAAUAUUACUCUUAUCAACAGUUUCGUCGGUACUUUCGCUAAACACGCUAAAUUACUUACUGAAAAGUUUAAAGACGCUUGUGGAAAGGAAACAGAUGACAUACUUCCAUCUGUCUGGAAAUGUACGCUUGAAGCCGGCUGUGAAACAUUAGCCGAUGUAAAUUCGUCUUUAAUUAAUAUGCAACAGUAUCUGGGAGUAACUGCCAGGUGA